UUGCCCACAACUACAUGGUUUUCAGUUUCUGCCUCGGAGCUUACUCAACUUCAAACCUUAUUAGGUGGGCUCAGGGCUCCAGGAACUGCAGGUGCCGGUUCAUCGCAAGAUCGUCAGGUUGCGAUCGAGCUCGGUGACGUCAUUGCUGGAGGGCAAGUAGUUGACACAGCGAAAAACAAUGCGGAUCGCCUUCUCAACCAUAUGCCCGCGGAGGAUAAAACAGCGCCGGAUACUAAACAGGCUUUAGAGGAUACUGUUCGUUCUCCUCAUUACAGACAAGCUGCCAACACCUUCGGCCACGCUCUUGCUACCGGGCAGAUGGCUCCCGUGCUAGAACGAUUCGGCAUCAGCGAAGGGGCUGCGCAAGCCGCUGCCACUGGAAGUGAGUUCGUUUCAAUUGUGAAUAACCUUGAACAC